AUGGCUGGCAAAUGUUGUUUAUUUUAUGAAAAGUGAUAUUUGUUUUUGAAAUUAGUUGUAUUUAGCUCUAAGAUGGGAGAAGUAGGAAUUGACAACCGCCAAUCAAUAAUCAAAGAAGUAUUUGAACAAUAUGUUGCUGAUAGCUCAGGGGAUUUAACCCCCGAACAAUUACAAGUUUUACAUGCUGAUUUGCGUAUAGGAGGAAUCAGUAUACCACAAGUGAAGGCAGCCAUCAAUUAUGUUUGUGCAACUGAAAAUUGUGACAUGUCUGAAUUGUUUGAUUUACUUCAAGAGAUGGACAGAAGAUAUUUCUUACUACAAAAUUUACGCUGGGAAUUUUCAUUCUUAGAUAGAGAAAAGUGUGAUUAUAUUUCAGAAGAACAAGCAAAAUGGUUGGCACAAUGUGUACAUCGUGAGUUUUACUCAAACAGAAAUUGGGAGUAUUUUCUUCUCCGUCGUCUGGUGCCUGGCAGUGGAGUUACCUUCCCUGAAAUAGAAGUGAUGCUGUGUAACAUACCAAAUAGAUUAGAUCUAGAAGAAGAAUGGCAAGAAGAGGAAAAACUUAAACAAGAUAAAUUAGAAAAACAACGCAAAUUAGAAGAAGCUGCCAGACUACAUGCUGAAAAACUGGCACGUCUUAGAGAUGAAGAAAGAAAGAAGAAAGAACUGGAAAAGGAAAGAGAAGAACAAGAAAGGAGAAGAAAACAAAAAGAGGAGGAAGAAAAAGAAAAACAAGAAGAAGAGGAAAGAAGGAGAAAAGCUGAAGAGGAAGAACAAAGAAGAUUGAAAGAAAUUGAAGAAGAAAAUGAAAGGAAGAGAAAAGAAGAAGAAGAAAAAUACAAAGAUGCUGAUAAAUGGAAAAAGAUGGCCGAAAAAGAAGAGAAGGAAGCAGAAGAAGAAUUAAAAAGGUUGAAAAAUAAAAAGAAAGAACAAAACGAUGAGAAAAAACGAAAAGAGUUAGAUGAGGCUGAGAAAAAAGCUAAAAUUUUACACAAAGAAAGUAAGAAUAAGAGAAUUAAAUAUCAACUGAAAGUAGCCAUAAAAUCUCGGGAUAAAUUCCAGUUAGAAUAUUCUGUAACUGAGUUUAAAAAGUCUGGUAUGAAUGAUGAUGAAAUGGAUUUAGCUAAGGCUGAAAGAUUAUUGAAAGAAUUAACAGCUGGAGACAAUCUGCAUAAAGCAAUGUCCAAGAGAGAAUUAGAAGAGUUAGAAAAAGCUAUGACAUUUGUUAAGCACCAUGGUUUUGAAAAUCAACUGGCAAGUGAGAUGUCUGAGGCUAACAAAGUGUUGGUGAGGUUAAAACGACUGGAACGAAUUCGACAUGAAAUAUUAGAGUUGAAACAGUCUACAGUUGCAGAGAUCAGAAGUUAUCAAAAUCCACCAGCCAUAGUUCAUACAGUCAUGACAGCCACCUUCCUGGCUUUAGGACAUAAAGAAAAAGAAACUAAGGACUGGAAAGCAGUACAGGCGCUCGUUGGUAAGACUGGUAAAGAGAGUGUAAAGAGAAAAUGUUUAGAGUUAAAAGCUAGUACUAUUCCAUUACCAGCAGCUAAACGAGUAAAAACUUUACUUGAUAAAUAUGAAUUAGAUGCUGUACGAGAUGUCUCUGCUGGCGCCGCUACCUUUUAUGUCUGGGCUACAACUGUUGUAGAAGAAGCUGUUGAACUCAAUGAAAGCAAAUAAGCUUGUAUAUGCACUGUGUAAAUCAAAUCUUUGUUAAUGAUAUGAAAUGAUACCAGACUUCCCUUGAGAACAUUAUAUCAAAGUUUUUUGUUGCACCAAUUUAUUUGUGUUUUAUUAUACUUAGGCCUAUUUGUUUGCAAUAUUGAGAAUGGAAAAAAGUUAAUAAUCGACUUUAGCACUACCCAUUGCUGAUUAUUGUGUGAUAUUUAUUGUUUUGAUGUUUUUGUUAUAUAUCUAUAUUUCUAAUUGAAAGUGUAUAACUUAACUGUUUGUAACUUUGAAAUAUAUAUUUUUUGUACAGCCUUUAAAGAUAUCUGUGAUAAUUGUCCAUUGAUGCAUAUUUUCUUCUUUUGAUACAUCAUUUUCUUUUGUCUAUAUCCAUUUUUACCCCCAUUAUCAAUAAAAUUUACAACUCUC